AUGACGUCCAGGCCAGAUUCACGUAUAGGGCGUGGGCCAAUUUCUAAAAAGAAGAUAAAUGCCGAGCAAGUCGCUGCGCAUCAAAAGGCUGGUCAGAUUGCCUAUAAAAAGGGUAAUCUCCAAGGUGCCAUCGAAUCCUUCACCCAGGCAUUGGCAGAAGAUGCAGAAGAUGUUGGGGUCUUGGACAACCGCGCGGCGACCUACUGCAGCCUGAAGCAGUACGGCCAGGCUCGUGCCGAUGCCCGAAAUAUGGUUAAGAUUGCGCCUGACGAAGAUCGUGGAUAUCUCCGCCUGGCAAAGAUUUUAUGCCUUGAUGGGAAUUUCGACAAAGCCCGUGAUAUAUACGAGUACGCUCUUGUGAAGCUUCCCGCUGAACACAAAGGCCGCGAUGUCAUUUCUCAGCUCCUAAAGAAGCUUCGUGACAAAUUAGCUGGAGGCAAUCGUCGCGACCCUUUCUCAGCUCUGCCGCUCGAGAUUGCCCAUCUCACCUUAAGCCUUUUCACUUUUAAGCAACUAGCGGCGAUUCUGCGCGUUUCAAAAGGAUGGAACAAGUUUCUUGAAGGCCUUCCAAGCUUGUGGAUGUCGAUCGAUCUUACAGGAGCUAGAUCUCGCGUGCCUUGGACGUCUGUUCGAAACUACAUUCAUCGAUCACGAGUAGAACUUACUCGUGCCACAAUUGGGAAUCUUGUUCCAGCCUCCACACCUAAGGUGCUUGACAUGCUGAGCAGAUGUCCCAAACUGGAACAUCUGGAUUUAAUGGUCUCCCAUGAACAACCCAAGGAGUUCUACGCAAAGAUAAAAGCGUUCCGACGCCUGAAAAGCAUUAAAUGCGGACCAGAGAUCAAGCUGUCCCACGCUUCCAUUGGUAGCAUUAUCUCCAGUCUUCCUCGACUUGAAAGCGCCACAUUCCUGCAGGUCUGGGAUGCGCCCUCCAGAGCACCACGGGCUGCCACAUGGCCUCAAAGCCAUCCAAAUAUGAAGAGUCUUACCAUUGCAUCUUCUCAGGAGGAUCGGACAGGCCUCUCAUUCCCAGUGGUUGUUCCGGGCCUAGGAUCUACUACCGAACCAGCGUUUCCCAAUUUACAAGAGCUGCGUCUUCUAUGGGAACCGGCUCGAUCAUGCUCCUACAGAUUCGAUCCAGUUCAGGAUGGCGAGCAUCUCCCACCACUGCGCGUACUAGAUUUACGAGGCGCUGCAGUCCAGCAUAACUUUUAUUCAAUCCUACCAGGCACCCUUCGAACACUCCGCUUCUACUCGGGAUCCAUCGAGAAUCUCGUCGUCGGAGGUUUCGGAGGCAAUUUCCUCACACCAUCUGAGAACAAGCUCCCAAACCUGAGUACCCUCGUCUUCAAUGACACACCUUGGGUACAUGCCGACACUCUUGCACUCUUCCUCUUACAUUCCAAAGCCUCGCUGCGAAACUUGCAUGUCAGCUUUUGUCACAACAUUAAUGCUCGUGGUUUCCUCAGUCUUCUCGAUGACCCACGAGGGAUGAACCCAGAGCUACGAAACAUCACUGAGCUCGGGGUUGCUUGCAUGGCAGAUAUGGAUGAUACAAAUGCUGGCCAUUUGUGGGCUACAUUACCAAAGCUGAAGAUACUGGACCUAUCGCAGACUAAGAUCACGGGGUGUACUAUCCGUAUGUUUGCGGACGCGCAAAGCGACGACCAAACGGCGACCAAGCUUGAAUCUCUCAUAAUAAAGGGAUGCGAUAAUGUUUCCCGUGAUGCAAUUGACUAUGGACGCAGCAUGGGAAUUAAUAUCGUCGCUUGA